ACGGAAUGUCAGAGGAGAGACUUAGCUGCAGGCAUCCCAACAAGUCUGGACUACAGUGCUGGAGCUUCAGUUAUUACUGGAGCAAGUAACCGCGCUACUGAAAUAUCACUCUAUAUGCGUAUCAAAAAGGCACAGUUAGUGAACGCGAGGGUUUCCAAAACGGGAGUUUCUCACCGAGAAGAGUGGCUUGUGGGUCGAGUCCAAGCGUGUGAAGUUGGUGUUUCUGCAAGGCAGGUUUUAAAAGUGAACGUGGGGAAUUAUGUGCCAGGAGAGCUGAUUCGUUUCCCUCUCGGUGUUGAUGCCGUUUGUCUUUUCACCGGGUCUGAAGAUGUGGCAUUGGACUGUGGCAGUUGCAGUGUUUCUGCUUUUCCCAUAUACAGCUACAGCCCAAGGUCAGUGUAAUAAUGUUGCUGAGGCAGAUAUUGUGUUCCUUGUGGAUGGGUCAUCCAGUAUCGGACGCGCCAACUUUGUUUUGGUGAAGAGUUUCAUGGCAGGGAUUGUCAAAACCUUUGCCAGAAGAGUGGGGCCGUCUGGUGUCCGCUUUGGAGCUGUUCAGUACAGUGACACUGCCAGAGUGGAGUUUACUUUCACAACGUAUCUGAAUGGCACUGAGCUGGUGAGUGCUAUAGAAAAUCUUAACUAUAAAGGAGGAAACACACGCACUGGAGCUGGUCUGAAGUACAUAGCAGAUAACUUCUUUAAUCCUGCCACUACCAGAGAUGUGCCCAAGAUUGCUAUUCUCAUCACCGAUGGAAAAUCUCAGGACAAUGUUCAAGACCCAGCUCAGAAACUACGCAGCCUAGGAGUCACAAUAUUUGCAGUGGGUAUAAAGAGUGCAGAUCAGAAUGAACUGAACAUCAUUGCUUCGCCUCCUCAAAGUGAAUUCACCUCCUUUAUCGGGAACUUUAGAGGUUUGAGCUCUCUGCUGCCCCUGGUGACUCCACGUGUAUGUGCAUCAUCUGGAGGCUCCUAUUCAAGUGAUGAUGCUUUUAGUGGCCCAUCUAACUUACAGGUUUCAGAUGAGACUACUAAUUCGGUUCGAUUUCAGUGGACAGCUGCAAGAGGCCCUGUGACUGGCUACGUUAUUCAGUACACUCCGCUUUCUGGUCUGGGUCAGCCAGUUACAGGAGAGCUACGGCAGGAGACGCUGCCUGCCAGCCAGCAGAUCUAUGUGGCACGUGAACUUCGCUCGAGCACUGACUACCUGGUGUCUGUUAUAGCCCAGUACCCCAAUAGCGUUGGAGAGACUGUGUCUGCCAAAGCUCGAACCAGGUCUCUGCCAGGCGUUGCUGCUCUGCGGUUGGUGCAGGCUGGGUUCUUCACUUUAUCUCUGGCAUGGGACACUCCCACCGGCCCCAUACAGGGCUACAGAAUCACAUACGGACCCAGAGGUCAGCCUGCUUCUCUCCUGCAGGAGCAGACAGUUGGGGUGGAGACCACUUCUCUCACACUGGAUGGUCUAGAAGCAGACACAGAAUAUGUCAUCACCCUGUACCCUCUCUUCCCUAAUAACAACGCUGCGCCCAUUACUCUGAAUGCCCGCACCUUGCGUUUAGCAGGAGUGCAAGAACUCUCUGUUGUCACUGUCUCUAACAGCAGUGUUGAAGUGCGCUGGAGAGGAGUGACCGGGGCCAGAGGAUACAGGCUUGUGUGGGGACCUUUCAGAGGAAGUGAUGUAGAGACUGUAGAGGUGAGAGGUGACAGUGAGGCUCAUACUCUAGUGAAUUUGCUCCCAGACACAGAAUAUAUUGUUACAGUCAUUGCUCUGUACAAUGGAGAAGCAGAGGGGGCCGCUGCAACUGCACGUUUCAAGAUAGAACGUUUGGAGCAGCAGGUUUUAAAAGCCACCACUACAGGACCCACCAGCAUCAGGCUGACCUGGAACUUCAUAGAAGCAGCCAGAGGCUACCGGCUGGAGUGGUGGAAAGAAGGAGAGAGGAGCAGGACUCAAAAACAGACUUUCUCUAAGGACACCACAAGCUAUGAGAUAAGAGGUCUGCAGCCAAGUACUGAUUACAUCAUAACUCUGUACACACUCUACGAUGGACGAGAGGAGGCCACAUACAUCUCCACUGAAUCAACAGUGGACCAGCCGAUUGGUAGAGUCUCCAAUCUCCGUGUGUUAGAGUCAUUUGGCAGCAAUGUGCGGCUGGGCUGGAUAGGGGUCGCAGGGGCAACACAGUACAACAUCCGCAUCCUCAACACUCAGUCUGGGGUAGAGGUAAGCAGGGUUGUUCAUGGAAACCAGACGACCCUUGAUCUAACUGACCUUCAAGGAGGUGUGUCUUACUCUAUAAGUGUGACUGCAUUGGUGGGCUACAAUGAGGGAGACCCAGUCACUGUCUACAUCAAAGCAGCACAAAUUCCAAGCAAGGUGACCAACCUUCGUGUAGUGAGCGCCAACAGUAGACGGAUCAGAAUCACGUGGACUGGAGUUACCGAGGCAACAGGUUACAGGGUCACCUGGAGACAAGGCAAUAAUGCGGAGCAGACCCGUGUGCUUGGUGCAGAUGUCAGUACCUUUACUAUAGAAGGGCUCCAGCCUGAUGAAUCAGUUGUUGUGGGUGUGGCUGCUUUGAGUAACGGCAGGGUGGGUGACGUGGCCACCCUCUCCGCUAGAACUAGCGGAUAUGCAGUCACAGGCCUGCAGAUCAUUGAUGUCAGCUCCACCCGUGUUCAGAUAUCUUGGACACCUGUAGGCAGAGCAACAGGCUAUAAAAUCACCUGGCGGCGGAGUGAUGGUGUGGAGAACUCUCAGAUCAUACCUGCUGAUGCCAGGUCCUACACCAUUGAUGGUCUCCUACAGAGCUCCUCCUACAGGAUAUCUGUCUCUGCGCUUGUUGGCUCCCGGGAGGGACCUGCUGCCACCCUGAACACCAGAACAGUCUCAGGAGAGGUUGUGGUUGGACGUGUUACUGAUCUACAGCAUGAGCCACGAGGAGAGGUGGUCAGAAUCAGCUGGGUUGGAGUUCAGGGGGCAACAGCAUAUAGAGUGCUGUGGAAGAGAAGUGACGGUGGAGAGGAGCAGGUUCAGCUGGUUGGUGGUAACGUAACAUCAGUGGAUCUGAAGAAACUGGAGGGAGGAGCUCAGUAUGACGUACAGGUUGUGGCUCUGGUCCAGAACAGAGAGGGGCCUCCAGUCUCUAUCAAAGUCACUACAGAACCACUAGUGGAUCGGGUAGAGGGUAUGCGUGUAGCAGAGUCAACCCCAGGAGCACUGCGUAUUGUUUGGAGAGCAGUGAGAGGUGUUGAUGGAUACAGAAUCUACUGGAGGUCCUCACAAGGCGAGGCUGAAACAAGUCGUCUGAUUGACCGGGAUGCAACCUCAUUCAGCUUGGAAGGACUUCGUCCUGGUUUGAGUUACAUUGUACGAUUGGCUCCUGUGAUAAGAGGCAGAGAAGGUCAAGCUGUCACCAUCACAGAAUACACUGCUUCACUGCAGCGUGUGACAGACCUCAGGGUGGCAGAUAUUAAACAGAACUCUGUGUUGCUGCUUUGGAAUCCAGUAUCAGGUGUUACAGAAUACACGCUGCGCUGGCAGGAUGAGAGAGACCCAGGCACUGCUCAGACACUGACUCUUCCUGGUACGACUAGCUCAUUCCGUGUGACCGGUCUGAGAUUGGGCCGUCGAUACCGUUUCACUCUGCAGCCAUCGUUCUUCAACAGCAUCGGCCCCGAGGCCAUCGUGGAAGAGCGCACAGUGUGUGAGGAUGGCCGUUUGGAUGUGGUGUUUCUGGUUCCUGCCUCUCGUGAUCGGUCUGCUCUUGAGGAACCUCUGCUGUCUCUGCUUUCAAGUGCUGCUGGAUCCCUCACUACAAUUGGCGCUAGGGAUUCACAGGUGGGGGUGGUGGUCUACAGUGAUGAACCCAGUUUGCGCUUCCCCCUCAGUCAGCAUAGCAACAGUGAAACUCUUCUGCGGGAAAUUCUAUCUACCCCUUUUAUUGAUGAACCAGGAAAUAGUAUAGGUCAGGCGAUGACAUUCACUCGGCAGUUUGCGCUGAGUGUGAAUGCAGGUCGAAGGCCUCAGGUUCCGGGUGUGGUCGUCAUUAUUGCUGAUGAAAAAUCAACUGAUGAUCUUAGCCGAGCUGCUGCUGCAGUUAAGGCUUCUGGUGUGACAGUGCUGGCCGUAGGAAUCGGGCGUGCAGACUUGGGGGAGCUGCGUCGGGCUGUUACAGAUGGCAGCACUCAGAAUCUGUUGUAUGCUCGAGAUACAGCCGAUCUCUACAGACUGCACCCAGAACUGGCAGACCUCCUCUGCGGCCUUGCAAGAGGGACUACUGGCCCGGUUAUUAUUCCAGAGCAGUGCACUGCCCAGUGCCCCCCGGGUGAAAAAGGGGACUCAGGACAGAAGGGGGAAAGAGGCAGAGAUGGGGUGUCUGGACGAAAAGGAGAACCUGGUCGUGAUGGCAUACCUGGUCGUGAGGGCCCAAGAGGCCCUCAGGGACCCCCUGGUCUGCCAGGAAGCAGUGAGGGACCAGUAAUAGGACAGAAAGGAGAAAAAGGAGAAAGGGGUUUUCCAGGUAUAGAUGGGAGUCCAGGAGUCCCUGGUCGUCCCGGUGCUCCUGGAGCUGCAGGACCUCCGGGCUCUCAGGGAUUACCUGGAGUCAGAGGAGACGUUGGAGAGCCUGGUAUUGCAGGAUCCCCUGGAUCAAAAGGAGACAAAGGUGACAGGGGUGAGCCUGGAUCGUCUAUAGGAGGAGGCCUUCCAGGACGCAAAGGAGAACCAGGAAUACCUGGAAUACCUGGCACGCCAGGUCGGCCGGGAGCAGACGGGACAAAAGGAACGGCAGGAGCUCCUGGAGUGCCAGGUCGUCCUGGGACACCAGGCACACCUGGCCUGUCAAUAAAAGGGGAGCAAGGAGAAAGGGGUCCUCCAGGAGUGGGGAGUGGGGUGGCAGCGAAGGGAGAUCAAGGUGAACCUGGGAGCCCAGGACCAGCAGGGCCACAGGGCCCAAGAGGACUGUCUGGACAAAAAGGAGCCAAAGGAGAACCUGGAGAGAGCACAGAAGGCAGUCCAGGUCCCCAAGGGAGACAAGGAGAGCCGGGUGAUCGGGGUCCAAGAGGGCCUCCAGGUGAAAUCGGAAGCAAGGGUGACCGUGGGCAGCCAGGACAGCCUGGAUCACAGGGUGACAAAGGUGAGAGAGGCCCAUCUGGCCCAGCAGGAGAGAAGGGUGACACAGGUAGACUAGGACCCACAGGACCUCAAGGACUCAGGGGUUUACCGGGCACAAUUGGACUUUCUGGCGAGAAGGGAGCUCCAGGUGCUAAAGGAGAACCAGGCGACAGUGGUCCAGGGGCAGCUGGGAGGAAAGGAGAACAGGGUCAGAAAGGUGAUCCAGGUCCUGAGGGUCCCGCAGGUGAAAAGGGAGAGCCAGGACAGAAAGGGGAAAGGGGUCUGCCUGGAGCAGGAACACCUGGACAGCCCGGACCUAAAGGAGAGCAGGGUGAUCGGGGAGUUUCUGGCAUAGCUGGAAGACCAGGCCCAAAGGGAAGCCAGGGGGAAGCAGGAGAGAGAGGAGAGCCAGGAAGUUCUGGUCCUCAAGGACCACUUGGACCCAGAGGGAAAGAUGGGCUGAAAGGUGAUAAAGGAGAAGAUGGCCUUCCAGGUGAGCCUGGAUUGCCUGGUAAAGCAGGAGAACGAGGACUGAGGGGUCUUUCAGGACAGCCAGGUCAACCAGGCGCAAAGGGAGACAUGGGUGAUCCUGGAGAGCACGGACGAAAUGGAGCUCCAGGACCUGCAGGACCACGAGGGCCAAAGGGAGAUCAGGGGAUUCAAGGUCCCCCUGGGCCCCCUGGAGAUGUAGCAGAUGGGCAGACAGUACUGAAAGGAGACAGAGGAGAGAAGGGAGAGGCAGGUGACCCUGGGGAACAUGGUAGUAAAGGUCAGCAAGGUGAUAUAGGACCUCCAGGCCCUUCAGGAGUACGGGGACCUGAGGGUCAACGUGGACCUGCAGGAACCAGAGGUGAUCCAGGCGAAAGAGGCAGCCCAGGAGAGAAGGGAGAGAGAGGAGCUGCUGGAUUGGAUGGACGCCCUGGUCAGGAUGGAAAGCCUGGACCACCCGGACCUGCUGGUUUAAGGGGUGACUCUGGUAAAUCAGGAGAACCUGGCCGAGAUGGUCUACCAGGACUCAGAGGACCUCAGGGGCCCCCAGGGCCUGUAGGACCUCCAGGAUCUGCUGGCACACCUGGUAAACCAGGAGAGGAUGGAAAACCUGGCCUUCCAGGAAAAGUUGGUGAAGAUGGUGUCCCUGGGGAAGAUGGCAGAAAGGGUGAGAAAGGAGACCCAGGACCCCCAGGAAGAAAUGGUCAAGAUGGGCUGAAGGGUGAUCAUGGCAUUGCAGGACCCUCUGGGCCAGCAGGACCCCCUGGCCCCCCUGGGGUGCCUGGCAGUAUUGGACCCCCAGGACAGGUGAUAUAUUUUAAAGGGGCUGAGGUAGCACCAAUCCCAGGACCCCAAGGGCCUCCAGGAGCUCCAGGAAUUCCAGGGGUCCCAGGAACUGCAGGAGCUCGGGGAGAGCGGGGUCCACAAGGUGUAAAAGGAGAUCAAGGAGAUCCAGGCGAAGAUGGGUCACCUGGGAAGCCAGGAACGCCAGUAGAUGUGAAGAGGGCACUUUCAGAUUUUGGCAUUGAGGUCAGAGAUUUGAAGAUGGUGCUUGACAAAAAGGAUAUCCUGCUGAAAGUAGACAUAGAGAAAGCAGAUAAAGGACAAAAAGGAGAUAAAGGAGAUGCAGGAUCCCAAGGCCCUUCUGGUGCUGAUGGUUCUCGUGGAUUUCCUGGUGAGCGAGGGUUAAAAGGUGAUAAGGGCGAGCAAGGGCCUACAGGCCCUCAGGGCCCAACAGGCAGGGCUAUAGGAGAAAGGGGCCCAGAGGGCCCUCCUGGACAGGCAGGAGAGCCUGGAAAACCAGGGAUACCAGGAGUACCGGGACGAGCUGGCGAACUGGGAGAGGUUGGCAGACCUGGAGAUAAGGGAGAAAGAGGGGAGAAAGGAGAGAAAGGAGAAUCUGGUAAACCUGGAUUAGCUGGUGCAGCAGGACCUCCUGGACCCAAGGGCGAUUCAGUGAUUGAGCUCCCUGGUGUGCCUGGUCCACGGGGUCCACCAGGCCCUCAAGGUAUUAAAGGAGAGGCUGGUGCACAAGGUCCUCCUGGACCUAAAGGAGAGCAAGGUGUUGCAGGUGUUCGUGGAGAAAAGGGUGAUAGAGGAGAAGCAGGUGAAAAAGGCAGAGAUGGACUCCCUGGGCUGACAGGAGAACCUGGAAAACCUGGACUGGAUGGAAAGCCGGGCUUGCCGGGGUUCCCAGGAGUGCUGGGCAGACCGGGAAAUCCUGGAGAACCGGGAAUACGAGGACCAACUGGACCAAUGGGUCCAAAUGGACCUCCAGGACCACCUGGUGUGAAGGGUGACAGUGGGGAGCCAGGUGUAGGAGUUCAGGGCCCGCCAGGACCGCAAGGCAUCAGAGGAUUGCCUGGAAUUACAGGCACACCAGGGGCUAUUGGCCCACAAGGACCUCCAGGUCUCCCAGGACAAGUGGGAGAGGGAGGAAAGCCUGGUGUCCCUGGUAGAGAUGGUGUACCUGGAAAAGAAGGAACACCUGGUUUACCUGGAAAACAGGGAAUUCCUGGACCAAUGGGGUCUCCAGGACCGAAAGGUGAGCAAGGAGACAGUGGACCACCAGGAAAGUCAGUAACUGGACCCCCUGGGGUGAAGGGUGAGAGGGGUCCUCCUGGAGAAACAUUGGCAGGGAUAGUCGGAGAGCGAGGCCUACCUGGUCCACAGGGUGUUAAAGGAGACAAGGGACCAGCUGGCAUCAAAGGAGACAGAGGCAUAACAGGUGAUCCCGGGGAGCCUGGUGAAAAAGGAGACAGAGGACCACCAGGGCCUAAGGGAGGCAAAGGUGAAACAGGUGUGGGAAUGGUUGGCCCACCAGGACAAGCUGGACCUCCAGGCUUAAAGGGUGAUCCUGGUCUUCCAGGCCAUCCUGGUCCUCCUGGGCCUCAAGGUAUAGCAGGAACCCCAGGACUACCAGGCCAAAGAGGGGAAGCAGGUCAGCCAGGGACUCCAGGACCCCCUGGAGAGAGGGGUUUGCCAGGCCUUAUAGGCAAACCAGGAAACCCAGGGACCCAUGGUGCUCCUGGACCCCCUGGCUCACCAGGUAAUGGAGGUCUGCCAGGGCUUAAGGGUGAUAAGGGUGAAGUUGCUGUAGGUGUACCAGGACAAAGAGGAGAGCGAGGAGAUCCAGGACCUCGGGGAGAAGAAGGACGACCUGGACAAGAUGGAGAAAGAGGCGCUCCGGGUUUUCCAGGUAGCAAAGGGAGCAGAGGCGACAAGGGUGAGCCAGGUCCUCAAGGAGGCAAAGGAGAAAAGGGUGAAACUGUGUUGGUGGGUGGGCCUUCUGGCGAGAAAGGAAAUAAAGGAGAAACGGGAGAAAGAGGGCCUAAAGGAAUGCAAGGUGAAAAGGGCCUUAAAGGGCAAGAGGGACCACCAGGGGUACAGGGUCUGAGAGGAGAGCCUGGUGAGAGAGGCUCUUCUGGGUUCCAGGGUGCUCGCGGUCCAGGAGGACAGAAGGGAGAGGCGGGACAGCCAGGAGUUCCAGGAGAAGCUGGUACACCUGGAAAAGAUGGCCUCUCCGGCAUGAGAGGAGAGAAAGGAGAGAUUGGUCUAACAGGAAUGCGUGGACCUAAGGGAGAACGAGGGUCCAAGGGGGCAUGUGGACCAAAUGGACCAAAAGGAGAAAGGGGGGAUCCUGGAAUUAAUGGCAGACCAGGUUUACCUGGGAGGAAAGGAGAGCCGGGUGAUGUGGGGCCUUCAGGAGCCACAGGAACCCCAGGAAAAGAGGGAAUUGUUGGACCUAAGGGAGAAAGAGGUUUCGAUGGUGUAAUGGGACCAAAGGGAACACAAGGAGACAAAGGUGAACGGGGACCCCCUGGCAUCCCUGGCCCCCCAGGUCCCCGAGGGGCAGAUGGGCCCCCUGGACUGACGGGCCCUCAAGGGCCUGCUGGAGCUAAAGGUCCAGAGGGACUGCAGGGGCAGAAGGGUGAACGUGGUCCUCCAGGUCCUGCGAUGGUUGGCCCUCGAGGUAUUCCAGGAAUCCCAGGAGAACGAGGAGAACAGGGAGAAGUAGGCCUUGAUGGAGCUAAAGGAGACAGAGGAGAGCCAGGCAUGACGGAGGAUGAGAUUCGUGCUUUUGUUAGAUCUGAGAUGAACCAGCACUGUGCCUGUGGAGGUCAUGGGGAUGUCAGAGAAGCUAAAGGUGUUGGAGAAAUUCAGGCCCAUACGUCAGUGCAGUCUUUCCGAGGUCGCUCCUCCACGUCCCCUGAGCGCUCACUAGGCCGAGGGGACGAGGAGGGUCAUGAAUUGCGUGUCGUGGUUAACACAAAUGACCCCGACUAUGAGCAUAUUUACUCCAUAGAGAGCUAUGAUGACCCCAUGGAAGAAAUUGUUGAUAUUACUCCCCCCAGUCAACCAGAGCCAAGGUAAGGCCACCAGAGUUGUUGAAUUAAAUGCAGUGAGAGAGAAAAGAGAGAUUAAAGGUGAAGAUGCGUGUUUGUCGCCACUGGAUGAGGGUGAAUGUUCCAGAUAUACGCUGCGCUGGUACUUUAAUUCUGAGGUGGGCGUCUGUAGACCCUUUAUCUACAGUGGCUGUGGAGGAAAUGCUAACCGCUACACACACAAAGAGGAGUGUGAACAACACUGCCUAUGACGGAGAGAAGCUGCUGUCGGUUUGAACAGUGGACAAUAAAGCCUGUAUUACAAACUCUCCAGCACAGAAUCAGUGUUCAGUAUUCUCAUCAUAUUCAUCUAAUGCUUCUGAAUAGGUAUGUCCAUCAUUGGCUGGACAGUCUAUAUCAUAUUUAUUAUUGUGUGUAUCAAGAAGCUGUUACAUAACUUCAGUUCAUCCUAUAUCACAUUCCAAGCAUUGCUGAUAUCAUUUGCCAUUUUUUAGACACAUGGAGCUUAAAUAAUAUACAGACAAAAUUGUUUUCAAGCCAUAUGUUUAUUGCAGGAAAUCUUUGGACUAGUGGAUAAAAUUAGCGGAACUGUGGUCAUGUGUUCUCAAUACAUGGAACAGUGUUCUCAAGCUACACAGACAAUUAAAUGUUACCCUGGUAAAAGUAUGGUACCCUGCAAAAGAUAUGCUUAAAAGGACCAUAUAAGUAUCAUUAUGAAUUCUAGGUUGUGUGUAACAUUUAGGGCCAAUAUGCUUGUUUACACAAAGCCAACUUCUGCCAGUUAUAUAUACCACUAAUAUAAAUCCGGGCUUAAUGGAAAAAGGGCAAAGCUCUGUUAGAAAUGUCUUAAUUGUUAUGACAGUUUGUGAUAUUGCUACUCAAGGGCUAAGAGAUGUGACAUGAAGUAGGAUCCAUAAAUCCUAACGGUCUAUUAACCUGCUUUUUGGUG